UUGGUAUGCCAUGUGGUGGGACUCCAGGCAUGGUUAGUUUGAGUAAUUGUUCUGAGGCCACAUGGAGUUUGUCAUCUCUCACAGAGGAAUUUAAUUCAUUAGUGUAAGACAUCGCAGCAGUAGCUUGAAGUCCAUGGCCCAAAAUGACUCUGCCACUGGAGACUUUCUUCCAUAAAGAGGAAGAUCAGACAGGAGGCUGGGAUGAACAUGCCACUGCAUCAGAUCUCUGCCAUUCCAUCCCAGGAUGCCACUUCUGCUAGAGUCUACAGAAGUAAAACCAAAGAAAAGGAGAGGGAAGAACAGAAUGAGAAGACUUUGGGACAUUCCAUGAGUCAUUCAAGCAACAUUUCUAAGGCUGGGGGCUCCUCGGUGGCGUCGGCUCCAGUGUCCUUCGCUCGCACUUCCGUCACGCCCUCCAAUCAGGACAUCUGCAGUUCCAGUGCAGUGUUUUCUGAGUGUUGUCACCACAGUCCCGUGCCAUCUGCUGUUGUCUUGAAAGCUCCUCCCUGCCAGAGUUCUCUGACCCAAGGGCUCACUGUGACAAUUGUCUGUCAAGACACAGCGCAGGCGUCAAAGAGAAAUUCCUGUGGUUCAGAGUGGGUCCAGGCCUUGAAGCCUACUAAGAAUACCAAAGCCAGGACACUAAAGUUCUCAAAAUCCCUAAACGAUGUGGGUGAGAACGCCCGGGAUGCCUUGGAAAGUUUUGACUACGCGGAGAGAACCUGCUCUGAAGGGAAACUGGUACUUCCUCAGGACCCAUGUCUCAGAACCAACAGGUUCCACCAGAGAGAAAGAAGAAUACUGAAUCGCAAAGCCCUGGGCAGUUCCAAGCAUUCUUGUGUCUCAUCCCUUUCUGCCAAUCGUUCAGCAGCCUCAGAAGCAGGAGCCAGCAAGGGGGGCAUGCAUGUCCUGCUUCUGGACGAGAAGGCGGAUGGCGAGGCCCUGUCCCGAAGCCGGAGGCUGCUGCGGUACCUGCUGUCACUCUCACACGGCUCGAGCACCAGCAGCCUGCACCGUUUCCACGAGCUGGAGAGCCGUGCCACCAGCCUGCAACCCGCCAAGUCCUCCAGCAGGCUGGCCGGGAGUGCCGGCUUCUACUCCGAUGAGAUGGGGGACGACGACGUCUUUGAGGAGAGCACAUCUGCAAAACUGAAGAGCAGGGUGCUGCGGGCGCCCCUCUGCUCCGUGGAGAAGGACAGUGACCUGGAUUGUCCUUCCCCCACCUCUGAAAAGGGCCCCCGCAUCUCUCCUGUGUCCACAUCAGGGGAUGCCUGCAGGAUCUGUCACUGUGAAGGGGAUGACGAGAGCCCUCUGAUUACGCCCUGCCACUGCACAGGGAGCCUCCACUUCGUGCACCAGACCUGCCUGCAGCAGUGGAUCAAGAGCUCUGACACGCGCUGCUGUGAGCUGUGCAAGUACGAAUUCAUCAUGGAGACCAAGCUGAAGCCGCUGAGAAAAUGGGAGAAGCUGCAGAUGACGUCCAGUGAGCGCAGGAAGAUCAUGUGCUCUGUGACCUUCCACGUCAUCGCCAUCACCUGUGUGGUCUGGUCCUUGUAUGUGCUCAUUGACCGCACCGCCGAGGAGAUCAGGCAGGGUCAGGCAACAGGAAUUCUAGAGUGGCCCUUUUGGACUAAGUUGGUGGUUGUGGCCAUUGGCUUUACUGGUGGACUUCUUUUCAUGUACGUUCAGUGCAAAGUGUACGUACAGUUAUGGAGGAGACUCAAGGCUUAUAACAGAGUAAUCUAUGUCCAAAACUGUCCAGAAACAAGCAAAAGGAAUAUUUUUGAAAAAUCUGCACUAACAGAGCCCAGCUUUGAAAAUAAAGAUGGACGUGGAGUCUGUCAUUCCGAUACAAACUCUUCUUGUUGCACAGAACCUGAAGACACUGGAGCGGAGAUCAUUCACGUCUGAUGGCGCGGAGGUUGUGUUCUCUUGGACCGCUGAGAACAGCCGAAGGAAAUUGUUUACUGCCAAUUGUAUACAUUUUCUUAUGUCCGUGAAUAGCAUAGACUGGGCAGGUGACUCUUUUUAAUGGCUUCUCUGUUUUCUAAACCCUCCUUAGUGACUCUCCUGGAAAACCCUCACGUCAGCUGUGCCCAGCUGGGUUCUGCUUCUGCCAGCAAGUCUACAGGAAGGGAGGGUGGACGAGCCUGUGACACCACGAUGGGGUGCUGGCUGGGUUCUGGCUCGUAGUCUUGCGCAGAAUGAGAGAGCAAGAUGCCAAACCUGAGGGAAGAAGAGGAGCAGGUGGUGCCUGGGCCCUGCCGCGCCUCUUCUGGUGGGCAGGUCCCCGCUUCCUGCCCGCUCGGUGAACUGCUGGGAGGGACCAGCCUUGGGGAGAGGCUUCUCCACCACUAGUCAGGGUCCAGGGAGGCUGCCACUGACAGUUCCCGAGCAGACGGGCCGUGGUGCUCUGUGCGUGGUGGUGAGUGAUUCACUAAGCAAAGCAAAGCACUUUACAAAAAGAGAAUCUUUAUUUUGUAAUACGUGUGUCACGUGGGGUUGACAUUUGAAAGAACGUCUCAUUUAGAAACCUUCCUUUCAUGACCCUGAUUAUCUCCUUCACAUUAUAAUAGAUCUGAAACCCUUUUUGCCUUAUAUAUGCUAAGAAAUGUGACUUCCACUCUGUGUCCAUAAAAGGGACUUGUAAAGCAGAACAAACAGGUUGGAGGCAUUUUUCAUAACAUUUUGUGGGGAUGAAUGGAUGGUAAGUGGCAGUUCGAGCAUAAUUCCUGUGGUUUUGAGCCUGUUUUAUGACAAGUCUUCAUGUCAUCGGGCUGCCCUAAACGUUUCUUUUUUUGUCAGUCCUGAAGAAGAAGGGUUCAUGAGAUCCAAAUGAAAGGAAGUGAGGCAUCAGAACAAAAUGGAAUAUUUAAAAACUAUUCCUUUACAGACAGACCUCUCCAGUUUGUGCUGACUUCACACUGAAGGAGUAGGAGUGUAUCGCCCAGCUGGGGUACACGCUGAAGGUGCUCUCAGGGGCCCCUGCUCCUGGCACCUUCUGUGGGUCGCUGCCCAGAGCAGAGAGGCAGAUGGGCUGUCUCUGGGCUGAGGGCCAGGAGUGAGCAGCAGACUGCCACGGUCCACCGUGUCCCUGCUCCCAGCCACACCCCUGCCCAUUGGUCGCCUUAACUGGACUGAACCCCUGGCCCUGCUUUCAGUCCAUUCUGUCAUCAGGGAUUAUCUCCUGUACCACUUUUUCAUAAAACCAAAAUUACUACCAUCAAAUGGCCUUUGUACCUUUAAGAGGGUCUGCUUAAAAUUCUAUUUUUAAAGACCGAUUUCAUCAUACCAGGCAAAAGAGAGUCAACUCCAGAAAAAUAGCCCAGGGAGUUCUGCAGUGUGAGAUGAGUGUGCCUAGGCACUUACUCUCCAGGUAGCUCUCUGGAUGUCUUGGGUGGGUGGCCCUGGGGUCCUGCCCCCCAUCCUCUGAGCCUCAGGUGUUUCAUCCAACCUGUUAGAGUAGGAAGCAAACAGAAGAUGAUUCCUUUGCAUUUCAGCGUGGAAGCUCUAUGGUUUGUUUUGAAAGCCAGGAGGUUCUUAAGCCCUUGGGGGAGGGCUUUGCCCUGCCAUGGCUUCUCUGGCCUGGCAGGUGCUAUCCAGCCAUAGCCCACCCCCUGGAAAUAGGUCAGCUCGUCCUCUCCAUCUCCCAGGCCACAUCCAGCGCGUGCCUGAGCUCACUGUGCCCCAAAGUGCAAUUACCUACGCCCCUUCCCAGCCUGGGGACACCAAAUAGCUACAGACGGUCUGCUCAGGAGAGCCACAUCCCAGGUCUGCCUUGCCGGUGCCCUUUAGGAACUGCCAGGGCAAGGCCCCUUGUCCCUCUUGACGGCAGGUGAGUCGUCAGGGGAUACUGAGAGAGAUUUCUAAGUGGGCACCAUUCCCCUUCUCCCCAGUGGCGCUCCUUGUGCUGUCCCUGAAAAGCACUGAAACUUCUGAUAGAGAGGAGAGUGUGCUCAGGUGGGGAUGGCCCCGGGACAGCCCAGCCAGUGUGGCUGGUGCCCCACCUGUGGCAGAGGUGACUUCAUAACCAGCCCUGUUGUGUUGCUCCCAUGGCCCACCCAAGCUCUCACGGGAAGCUCUCUCACACCAUCUCAUCACCUCCAGCCAAGCUCCUAAAAGCCUCUGCCUGUGGAUGGUCCGCCUCGUGUCCUUUUCUUUCCUGGGAUGGCACACACACAGCUAUCCCAUUGCCUUCUGUCCUCGCGUGUUCUGCUGACCACCUCUGACCCCCAACUUAGUCCCAGCACUAACCCCCCGCCCCCCAGCCGCAGGGACUGAGUGAACUUGCGAGGCCCUGGUGAAGUGGCGCUGUGCUGCCGCUGAGUGGGGGCUUUGGAUCUGCCAGGCAUUCCUUUAGUCUGUCAGCUGGCCUUCUAGGUUCCUGGAAGAGUUAAUUAUUCCCCAUUUCCUCAUCGUUUUGCACCUGACUGAACAAAUUACAGAAAUGUGGGGUGAGCUUGCAGGUCUCAGGGCCUGGAGGCUGGUAUCUGAAGGCCAGGCGAAGGGGAGAGGGAAGCAGCCUGGGGUGUCGCCAGCCAACCAUCUCUGACUCGGCCUCUGCUUCCCCUCAACCUGUAGUUCCACUGAAGCACUUUUGUGCCUGAGUUUAAAAUUUUGCUGAAAAUUAUAAAAGAUCUCUUCACCCUCCAGACCUGUACUGUCUCUUGCCUUUUUUUUUUUUGCUUCGGUCCACUCUUUUCAACCUUACGGGUCCAGUUUCAAAUCCUGCAGGUGUCCCCUAACCUGGCUACAGACAGACAGACAGGCCCCGGGCAGUUGGGGGGGUUCAAAAGCCUUGUGUAGAGCUGCCCCCCUGACUGGUGGUCGGCCCUGGAGCCAGAGGAGGAUAGGGCACACAGGAUAAAGAUCCACGAUGGUGUGGAUUUGGCCUGACGCAAACCACUUUUGAGAUACUUUCCCUCUUGGAUCUGAUUUGAAGUUUGCAGCUUCUAUCUCUAGCCCAAGGAAAGACUGAAACAUAGGGAAACAAAAACAUUUGUCUUUGUUUUGACAGUAAUGAAAUUGUGCAACUCACCACCUAUUUAGAUGCAAUGUUUAUAGGAUGUUGAUUGUUAAUAAAGACCAAAUUUACACUGGCAUGUGUGGUGUAGUUUCUAACAGGCACUUCAUACUUGAAGUUUUUCCUCAACUUAGAAGCUUUCUAGUUAUCUAAAUGUCUAGUUUUGUAUCAUUUUGUGUAUGUUCACUGUUUCUCAGUAUUACUGCUUGAAUAAUUCUCUGUAUGGGUGGGGGGGUGUUUGUACUAUACACGGAGUGUCUAAUUGCAGCAAUAAAGCAUUUCUUUAAAAAGGA